AAAAGGUGCUUAUUAUUAUUGUGAUCUGUGACAACCACCAGCGGCGCUGGAGCGGGUCCGUCCUGCCAAAGGGAUCACUGCAAACAGCAGCCGGGUUCGCUGCGCUCUCCCCUCGCCGGGGACAUGGACUCCGACGCUAGCCUGGUAUCCAGCAGACCUUCCUCUCCGGAGCCCGAUGACCUCUUCCUCUCUGCCAGGAAUAAAGGCAGCAGCGGGGGCUUCUCGGGAGGCACAGUGUCCAGCUCCACCCAGAGCGACUCCCCUCCGGAGCUCAGCGCCGAGCUGCGCAGCGCCAUGAGCGCGGCUGGGGUGGUGGUGGUGGACAAGCUGGGCUUCAAGUCUUCCUCGUCCUCCUCCUCGUCCUCCUCUUCCUCCUCUUCCAAGAAGGACAAGAAGCAGAUGACGGAGCCCGAGCUGCAGCAGCUGCGGCUGAAGAUCAACAGCCGGGAGCGCAAGCGGAUGCACGAUCUGAACAUCGCUAUGGACGGGCUGCGGGAGGUGAUGCCCUACGCGCACGGGCCCUCGGUGCGCAAGCUCUCCAAGAUCGCCACGCUGCUGCUGGCGCGCAACUACAUCCUCAUGCUAACCAACUCGCUGGAGGAGAUGAAGCGCCUGGUCAGCGAGAUCUACGGUGGCCAUCACGCCGGCUUCCACCCCUCCGCCUGCCCGGGAGGCAUGGCCGCCCACUCCACCCCGCUGCCGGGGCACCCCGGGCAUCCCGCCUCCCACCCCGUGCACCACCCCAUCCUGCCCCCCGCUGCCGUCUCCAGCGCCUCCUUGCCCGGAUCCGGCCUCUCCGCAGUCAGCUCCAUCCGACCCCCGCAUGGGCUCCUCAAGUCACCUUCGGCCGCCGCCGCCUCGGCCCCACUGGGCAGCAGCUUCCAGCACUGGGGGGGAAUGCCCUGCCCGUGCAGUAUGUGCCAGGUGCCCGCACCGCCUCACCACCAGGUCUCCAGCAUGAGCACAGCCAGCCUGCCCAGAUUAACCACCGACACCAAAUGAACCCCUAGGGGGACCCGCCUCCAGUGGGGCAAGGGAGCGGGACAGCAUCUGCCGAAACAAGAAGGGGAGUGGGGAGAGAGACUCCAGCUUCUAGCCCCGAGGAAACGCAGGUACAUUUUUGAGACACAGACUCUAUGGGGUCCUCCCUCAAAAGCACAUGCACAUAUAAGGACUUAACAAGGACAUACCGGUCUCAUCCACGUUUUUCAAAUACAUCCUCCCCACCCCUCACUACAGGUUUGUCCCAAGGCCACCCGAGGCACCUUCAGGCAUGUUCCAGCCUGAGGACACUCAAUCACUGAAGCCCAUCAGCGAGAAAGGUGAAUAAAAACCAAUUCCUCUUCCUGCAAAAGACGUCACGCAGAACUGAUCCUUUCUCCUUCAUCAUUUCCAGCAGGGAAAGGAGGCCAGCGUUACGUACAGUACUUGAUGUUUUGUCCAAUCUCAAUAGCAAUUGUGUAAACCCUUAGAGCAUUUUUUAAAUAAAUAUAUGUGCAUCUUUUUUAACUUUGAUAGGAGUUGACAAUAGCUACAGCCUCUUCUUCUCAAGUGAAGUAACCAAAAUUGCAUAGGGUUUUUUGCUUGUUUUUCUCUAUUAUUUUUACAUAUUCCCUUUCAACAUUUUUCUGGUUCAUAUCAUAAGACAUGUAAAGUGGUUAUUCUGAGCACCCGGCUGGUCACUUCCUAUCCAUAUAAUUUGCAAGAAUGAAGGCUUUUGAUGUAAAAGAAGCCUGCAAAGUUUUCUGGGGUUUGGAUUUGUAAAUAUACUACUGUCCAAUGAUGAUGUAAGUCCGUUAUGCUUGAGCUUUCUGUUUGUGCACUUGUACUGGAAACCUUAUGAAUGGUAAAGGAUUUUUUGCUUUGUUUCAGUGUAUAACACGAUUUUCUUUUCUGCCAUCAUUAACAAAGUUACAAAACUCUUUAAUGUGCUUUCUAUGUAGGAACUCCACACUGCCUGUGUUGCAAUACUGAGAACUUGGGCUUGUUUCUGAAAUAACAAUUUUUCCUAUUACUGCCCCUUGCAGAGAUUUUAUCAUCUGUUUAUUUUUGUAAAAAAAAAGUUGCUAAAUAAUAUUUAUUACUUGUUUGGUUGCAAAAACAAAAUGAGUGAUCCAUGGUUGAGAUUUUAAAUAAA